AUGGUCGACCUCAUCCUCCCGCGAAGGGCGCGCGCACCCAGCAGCCCAAAGAAGCCAUCGGCCUCACACAAGACGGACGUACCGACUGCUCAUCGACAACGCCUGCAAGCCCCGUCCGAGACGAACAUUGUGGGCAAAGUCUCGCAAACGAUCAAGGGCGCCAACGACCUUUUGUUAUACUGGAAGGAUGGAUUGAACGCCGACGAGAGGGCCUUGCUGCGCAAGAAGGAAGAACGCAAACAGGUCCUGACAUUGCGAAUGAAGAGUGCCGAAACAUUGAAACAGUGGCAGGAUGCCGCCGAAGAGCUCGACCUCCUCGAGGGCAACGACGAGUGGAAACGCGACUUUUCCGACGGCGACUACAACCCGUGUCUGAUCGAAGAACGCCUCACCGCCCUCGAAGACGCACGCGCCCACGGCGACCUCGUCACUAUGAUGCACCUCAUCCGGACGGAGCUCUCGCGCGACCUUGGCGGCAUGGGCAACGUCGACCUCUACCGCCACUCCUACCUCGGCACCAAGACGCUCAUCGAGCGGUACGUCGACGCCGCGCUGCAGAUCAUUGACGCCGUCGUCCUGCACAGCGCCGUCGCCGCCGUCGCGCCGCGCGACCUGCUCGAGGGCAUGCUCCUCGCGCGGCAGAGCUUUGGCCGCAGCGCGCUGCUGCUGUCGGGCGGCGGCACGUUUGGCAUGUCGCACAUUGGCGUGCUCAAGACGCUCUUUGACGCGCACCUGCUGCCGCGCAUCAUCUCGGGCGCCAGCGCGGGCAGCAUUGUCUGCGCCGUGCUGUGCACCCGCACCGACGAGGAGAUUCCCGCCCUGCUCCGCGACUUUCCCCACGGGGACCUCGCCGUCUUUGGCAACGAGGAGAGCGACUCGGGCGCGCUCAACCACGUCCGCCGCCUGCUCACCGAGGGCAGCUGGUCGGAUAUCAAGCAUCUCAAGCGCGUCAUGCGCACCAUGAUGGGCGACAUGACCUUUCAGGAAGCCUACAACCGCACGCGCCGCAUUCUCAACAUUUGCGUCUCGACAGAGUCCGUGUACGAGCUGCCGCGGCUGCUCAACUACGUCACCGCGCCCAAUGUCAUGAUCUGGUCCGCUGUCACGGCGUCGUGCUCGCUGCCCUUUGUCUUUCACUCGUCGCCGCUGCUCGUCAAGGACCCGGUGACGGCCGAGCACCACCGCUGGAACCCGUCGCCGCAGCACUUCAUUGACGGCUCCGUCGACAACGACCUGCCCAUGACGCGCCUCGCCGAAAUGUUCAACGUCAACCACUUCAUCGUGUCCCAGGUUAACCCCCACGUCGUCCCGUUCCUGCCCAAGGACGACCACCUCUCGCCCGAGGCCCGGCUGCUGCUCAAGGCCCGCCAGCCGCUCCCCGACGAGUUUGACUGGCUCGCCAUGUUCACCACGCUCGCGCGGGACGAGGCCCUGCACCGCCUCCAGUUCAUGGCCGAGAUGGGCAUCUUCCCCAACCUCAUGACCAAGUGCCAGAGCAUCCUCAGCCAAAAGUACAGCGGCGACAUUACCAUCCUGCCCGAGAUUGGCCUCGCCGAGCUCCCGGGCUUGCUGAGCAACCCCAGUGCCGACUUCAUGCUCCGCUCGAGCAUCGCCGGCGAGAGGGCCACAUGGCCCAAGCUCAGUCGCAUACGGGACCGCUGCGCGAUUGAGCUCGCGCUUGACGACGCCGUGCACCGGCUCCGCACUAGGGUCGUCUUCUCCGAGAGCCAGGGCGACCUGCGCAAGCUCGGCGCCGGGUUCCCCGCCCCCUCUGCAGGCAUCACCACCCCUCAGGCCGCGGGCGGCGACGCACCCGCCGGCACCGUGCAGCAGCAGCAUCGACGUCGCUCCGGUGGCUGUCUCCGCAGCAUGGGCGAUCGCUCCCACACGUUUGACGCUGCCACCGCAGACAUCACCGACGACGAUACGCUCGAGGAGGAGCGUCUUGAGAUGCGAUUACGCCGAAGCCGCGGUAACUCCCCCGUUGCAGCGCGCAAGCCGCGUCUGCACCGCGCCAGCAAAAGCCAAAUGCACAUUCCCCGGCCCAGCACCGCCUUUUCCGCCACCCCCGCCGCCUCGACAAGCAGCACCCUUGCCGCGUUUGACUUUUCCAAGCCCCUGGCGGUACCGAGCGAUGCACAGCAGCCCAAGACGGACGCGAGCACAUCAUCCGAUGACGAACCGACGCCGCCAGCACCGACACGGAGCGCGUGGCACCAACGCGCCGCGCAGCCGAUCGAGGACGUGGAGACGAGCGAGCAGGGCCACUCGAGCGAUGCCGACAUUGACCAGGCCAGCGAGGAGAGCGACCCGGACCCGUACGACAGCAAGUGGGAGUCGCCGCCGCCCGAGUACAGCGAGGCCGUCAAGGAUGAUGGCCUGUUUGGGCCCAGCGAGCGUAUUGGAAACGCAGCAUAG